UCAGGAAUCAUACAAGGUCAUUGACAUUUUGACACUGACAGCACCGGUAAAGUUUUAUUUAUUUUAUCACUCGUGAAUAAUUAAAAAUGGUUAAAAGGCUCUUAUCAGCAUUAGAGUACCCACAGUGUGAUGUGAACGUUAACGACGAAGCAACAUUCAGAAAAAUUGUGGCAUGGUUGGAAUUAAAUAAAAUUAAUAAAGCUGAUUCUAACGUGGCAAAUGGUCUUAAAAACGUAACGUCAAAUGAUUGGCCUAACCAUUUUCAAAAGUACAAGGAAGCUCUAGGUGUACCCAAUUUACAGAGCCAUCAAGAACAACUCCAGUGGCUUUUAGGUUAUGCUGUGCAAAUCGAGACUCAUAAUAAUAGGGAAGUAUACAUUAAACAUGCAGUUGAGAACUUAAAGGCAACUAAUGUUCCAACUGUUGUCACUGAAAAUCCCCUUGAUAAAUUAGAUUUCCACAGUAAAGAAUUUGCAGAAGGUAUUACAAAAUUGGCACAACUAUUAAAUAUAACGCCCCAUCCUGACCCGCUUGUGACCUUAAAAGCAGUUGCAAAGCUUGUAACUACAAGACUGUCGCCACAAGCUCAAGCCAAUCCAAGCGAAGUCAUAAUAAAGGGCACACCUUUUCCUUUUCAAGAAGCUGACUUGGGGUUUGAUUUGAAUGAUCCUGUUUUAAAUCAAGCGGCAAAAGUAUUAAGAAUUUUAUACAUCCAUGAUCUAAGAGAUUUGCAAACGAAAGCCAAUGAACUAAUUGUGGCCGUUCAAAACAUCACAGCUAAUCCUAAAACUGACACAAAGCUGGGAAAAGUCGGAAAAUGAAGUGUUUAUUUCAGUUCUAAUAUUUAUUGAUUCUGUUCCUUAUAAUCACGAAACGGCGAUUUAUCAAAUAUUUCUCCAACUCCUAACGCUACACAACCUGCAAUUACACUAAUAAAUGUCUAGUGAAGCA